AUGUGCCUUCCAUUGCUUCGAACCGGGCGACCUUCCCCGGCAGCACUGAUCCCAUUCGAGACAGAACCAGAGAACCUGCAAGCAUCCUCUGCGGAGGCUUUUAAUACGACCAAGGCUAACCAUGAUGGAAUGUUCAGUAGCUUCAAGCCAUACUCAUCGAUGGAAGCGAAGUCUAGAGGCUUUCGAAUAGGGCCAAUUGUUGCUGACAACGAAGGAUUUCGCAUCGGGAAAGAUCUUGUGGCCGGUAAAAACGGAUUCCGCAUUGGAAAUAUGUUACAGGCUGACCAGAGUGGCUUCAGACUUGGACGCCCUCGUGGUAUAGUAGCCACUAACCAGAAUUUCUCGGUGGGUGGCAGAGUAUGGGGAGGCAGAGACAUCGGUACCGAUCGAACGACUAAAGGAAGAGAAGACCAAGAAAGACACACACGCAGAGAGCAUCGCCACCAGAGGUCCAUAUCAACCUCAAGCCCCACCUCGUCGAGCUCGUCUUCAUCGUCAGAUUCUGUUUCGUCAGUUGGCUCUCUUCCAGCAUUUGAAGAUCUUAAAGACUACCAGUUACCAGAAACUCGAGUCGCACUUGAAAACUGGCUCAACCACCCAGACCAACCCAUUACGAAAAAUGAAGUGCGAAGGAUGUAUCAACAGAUUACAUCUGCGGACACACGCUCACUCGCUCAGCAUCAACAAAACAUGUCUGGCUUGCGGAUAGAGAUCCGAGAGUUGAUGAAAGCAUUUCGAGAAAGCCAAAAAGUUCAGAAACGCGAGCGAAGAGCAGUCAAACGUAAACGUCGCUCUGCUCGUAGAGCUAAGAAGCAGCAGAAGCGUCUCCUCAAGCGGGAGGAGCGACGAGCAUUGCACGCGGAGAAGAAACAUAAGGGGAAAGGCAAAGAGCGAGGUGGGCAUUCGCGGAAUUUCGCUCCUUUCGGUAUCGCACAACAAUCUGCAACGAUAAACCAUGGAAGCUCUAACCCAAGAGAGGCUUCUUCAUCCAUUUCGUCGAUCGUGAGAGGGUUUCCUUUUGGCAGAAAGACGUCAGCACCUCCUGGUUCUCGUCCGCGAUCUCCCCAACCGUCCCAUGGUGACCACAACGGUCUGUCAGGGAUGCAUAAUACCUGGCCCUUUACCCAAGGCGCACCGUAUGCCCUAGGCAAUAUCUCAAUGCCAUCUUUUGGACGUCCCUCAUUGGUUUCUCGAAGCGCAGAGCGAAUUCAUUCCCAGUUACUUGUGGUUUCGUCACUGGCGGAUGACAGUGAAGCAAGAGCUGUGGAGCUCCGAGUUGCUGUCACUACCCAUGGUACCUCGCACAAUUCCCGACUCAAGAUGAUGAGCGAGGCCACUGCCACGGUAGAAGAAGCCGGGAGGUACAGGCGAGAACCUGACAAGUUGCGCGCUGAGAGACAGCUUCUAGACUCGGAGCUGGCAAAGGAGCUGGACGAGGAGAUCGUUCAGUGUGAGCAAGGGCGAGGGAAAGGCCAAUUUGACGGAGUGACUAGCCAUUGA